AUGGCUACUGCCGCCGUCGCAUUGGCGCCGACAGCAGAUGCAGCUGGCAGUGUCUUGGAGCCGCUUUUAGACAAGGCUGAGGAUCUCCUUGCGGACGGCCGGCGUGCCGAGGCACGUCAUGUACUGGAGGGCAUUGUUGCUACCGACGUGGCUGCCGAUGAUGCGGAGGGUCUACGCGUGAAGGAGCGUUCCGUCUACCGAUUGGCCGAUAUUCUUAGCCUUGAAAGGCAAGUGGACGCCCUUGUACAUCUCUUGUCUGUCAUCCGCAGCUUCUUUUCGCUCCUACCCAAAGCGAAGACAACACGGAUGGUGCGGAAAUUGUUUGACCUUAUCCGCACUAGUGGCGCCUCAUUGGAUCGGCAGAUGGAGGUGUGUAGUGACAUGAUUGCAUGGGCACGGCAGGAGAAGCGGACAUUCUUGCGGCAGCGACUUCAGCACCGCCUUGCGGAGGUGCAGUUUGCUCGGAAUGAACGACAGGAGUCUCUCAUAACAUUACAGGCCUUACUGCGGGAGGUUCGGCGAUUGGAUGAUCGGGCGCUGCUGCUUGACAUCCACCUGCUGGAGAGUCGUAUUUAUUAUUCCAUUCAGAAUAUCAGCAAGGCGCGUGCUGCUCUUGUGGCGGCGCGGACGAAUGCCAACAGCAUCUACUGCCCCCCAUUGGCCCAGGCAGAAAUUGAUCUGCAGAGUGGCGUGCUGCAUGCUGAGGAGCAUGAUGCAAAGACGGCAUUUUCGUACCUUUACGAGGCGUUUGAGGGGUUUCAUCAGCUGGGCGAUCAGGCCCGUCAGGCCCGCAAGGCAUUACACUACAUGAUUCUUGCGAAAAUCGCCACAGACAGUCCGGAUGAGCUCGCUGCACUACUCUCUUCAAAAAAUGUGCUGGAGUACAGGGGGCAGGACAUGGAUGCGCUGCGUGGUGUGGCGGAGGCUUACAACAACCAGGACACACAUUUCUUCAAUCGUAUCAUGCAAGAAAAUAAAGAUUCCCCUUUCCUUGCCGACGAGGUUUUACAAAGACGACUUACAGAAAUGUACACCAGUCUUUUGGAGCGACAUUUAUUGAAAUUGUUAGAGCCGUACAGUCGUGUACAGAUCUCAUACCUUGCCUAUUUGCUGAAGCUUGAUGUGGAGACGGUAGAGUCACAGGUGUCUCAGCUUAUCCUUGACAAGAAGCUUGCAGGUAUUGUGGAUCAGCAGCAUCAAUGCGUUGUUGUCUUUGAUGAGCAGGAUGCAAAGGUAGCAAGUAAGAAUCAAAAACAGCAACGACAACAAGGAAUGGUUUCAGGGGGAGGUGGGGAACGGGGUUCUUCCUCUGCUGCAGGCCCCACAUAUAAGAAUGCGAAGUCAACAACCGAGGACGGGGGUGAAAAGCCCACCACAACGUUGUAUCAAGAUGCAUUGGAGGCCUUGGAUAAAUAUGAUCGCCUCGUCUCGGCACUCUUUGAUAAGGCUAGUGGUAAGUUUGAUGCAUUGGUAGAGGAAAAUCUAAAAAGAAGACAGGAGAUGAAAACAGACAAGAAGAAGGAUAGUAAGAAAGGCGAAGAAAAGGAGGAUGUUGAGAAGAAAAAGAAGAAUGCCAAUUAG